ACCAAAUCAUUGCAUGAGCUCAUAGAUCCCGAUCGUCCAACAAUGUCUACUAUUCACCAAAUGCUCACAAAUAGUUCAAUCACUCUGCCUGUGCCUUUGCCACCUGGAUUUUUCUUUAGGAACGGACCAGGAUCGAACCCAUUAGGCCAGAGAUUGGAGCCGGGUCAAUCGAACAGCAAGUCUUUUGCUUGUUCUGUAGAUGAAGCAACAAUCACCGAUGUUAAUCCUCGCUUGUUUAUUUGCAAGAGAAGAAAACAAAAGCAAGAAAUUGAACUUCCAACGGAAUCUGUUCAAUUUGAUUUAAAGACAAUUGAAGCAGCAACGAGCAACUUUUCUGAGCAUAACAAGCUUGGUGUAGGUGGAUUUGGUGAAGUUUACAAGGGUAUGCUUUUGAAUGGGACUGAAAUUGCGGUAAAAAGAUUGUCCAAAACAUCAGGACAAGGAGAAGAGAAGUUACUCGUCUAUGAAUUUGUUACAAACAAAAGCCUCGAUUAUUUCCUUUUCGACCCUAACAAGAGAAAUCAGUUGGACUGGACAGUGCGACGCAACAUUAUCGAUGCGGAUAUGAAUCCGAAAAUCGCUGAUUUCGGAAUGGCAAGGAUCUUUGGAGUGGACCAAACUGUAGCCAAUACAGCAAGAGUAGUUGGAACUUUCGGUUACAUGUCUCCCGAGUAUGUGACACAUGGCCAAUUCUCGAUGAAAUCAGAUGUCUAUAGCUUUGGAGUAUUGAUUCUUGAGAUCAUAAGUGGCAAAAAGAAUAGUAGCUUCUACCAGAUGGAUGGUUUAGUUAACAAUUUAGUCACAUAUGUCUGGAAACUUUGGGAGAACAAAUCAUUGCAUGAGCUCAUAGAUCCUUUUAUUAAAGAAGAUUGUAAAAGCGAUGAAGUCAUUAGGUACAUUCAUAUUGGGCUGUUAUGUGUGCAAGAAAAUCCUGCAGAUCGACCAACAAUGUCGACGAUUUACCAAGUGCUCACAACCAGCUCAAUUACUCUGCCUGUGCCUCAGCCACCUGGAUUUUUCUUCAGGAACGGACCAGGAUCGAACCCGUCAAGCCAGGGAUUGGUGCCAGGCUUUGAGGGCAUGGAGAAGUGGGUCAACCUUAGAACUACUGGACCAACUAGUAGAGAAUUAUCAGAUGCAUCCACAUCCAACAGAUCGUCCCAACUUGUCAACAAUCAACCUGUUGGUAGGUCAAUGACGACUUAUAGGACUGCUCCACCAGAUGAUGGUCAAGGUGAAGAAGAGUUCAAGAACGAGGUCUGGAGGCUUUGGAACAAUGAAUCAAUAUUGGCACUCGUAGACCCGGCCAUGGGAGAGAAUUAUGAUAAAGAUGAAGUCAUUAGAUGCAUCCAUAUCGGGUUAUUGUGCGUUCAAGAAAAUCCUGCAGAUCGUCCAACCAUGUCCACAGUAUUUCAGAUGCUCACUAAUACUUCAAUUAUUCUACCUGUGCCUCAACCACCUGGAUUUGUCUUUAGGGUCAAAUCAGAGCCAAACCCAUUAGCCGAGAGAUUGCAGCCUGUCAAAUCUGUUCACACCACUGAUGGCGGAAAGAUUUCUAUAAUAAAUAUCCUCGGAAUCACCGUUGCUUUCGCCUUUGUGAUCACUACACUGCUUGCUCUAGGGUAUGCUCUUUCUAGGAGAAGAAAAGCGUACCAAGAAUUUGCAACUGAAAGGAGGUCAAUGACGACUUAUGGUACUGCACCACCAGAUGAUGGUCAAGGCGAAGAAGAGUUCAAGAACGAGGUUUGGAGGCUUUGGAACAACGGAUCAUCGUCGGAACUCAUAGACCCGUCCAUGGGGGAGAGUUAUGAUAAAGAUGAAGUGAUCAGAUGCAUCCAUAUAAGCUUAUUGUGCGUUCAAGAAAAUCCUGCAGAUCGUCCAACCAUGUCCAUAGUAUUUGAGAUGCUCACUAAUACUUUCCUUACUCUGCCCGUGCCUCAGUCACCUGGAUUUGUCUUUAGAGUGAGAUCCGAGCCAAACCCAUUAGCCGAGCGAUUGGAGCCUGGUCCGUCUACUACCAUGUCGUUUGCUUGUUCCAUUGAUGAUGCAUCGAUCACGAGUGUUAGUUAUCGCUUCAGAGCUUCUACUCAAGAUCCUUAUUUCCUAAAUCAUAAUUGUCCAAAUACGACAACUUACUCAAGUAACAGCACUUACUUCACCAAUCUCAAAACCCUUUUGUCCUCUCUCUCUUCCCCGAACGCCUCUUACUCCACCGGAUUCCAAAACGCCACGGCGGGACAAGCCCCCGACAGGGUCACCGGACUUUUCCUUUGCCGCGGAGACCUCUCGCCAGAAGUUUGCCGUAACUGCGUCGCCUUCUCCGUCAACGAAACAUUAACUCGGUGUCCAAAUCAGAGAGAAGCUGUGUUCUAUUACGAGGAGUGUAUGCUCAGAUACUCUCACAAGAAUAUUCUAUCGACGACCAUUACAAACGAAGGAGAAUUUAUCUUGAGUAACCCCAAUAUUAUUUCUCCUAUUCAAAAUCAAAUAAACCAGUUUAUAGUUUUGGUGUUAUCUAAUAUGAACCAAGCUGCCGUGGAAGCAGCCAACAGUUCUAGAAAAUUCUCUACGGUAACGACCGAAUUGACCGCACUCCAGACUUUGUAUGGGCUUGUUCAAUGCACUCCUGAUAUUACAAGACAAGACUGCAUGAGAUGUCUGACUAGCUCCAUCAAUAGAAUGCCACUUUCUAGAAUUGGAGCUAGACAGUUUUGGCCAAGUUGUAAUUCAAGGUACGAGCUUUACGCGUUCUACAAUGAAACCGCCAUUGAAACACCAUCACCACCACCGCCGCCUCUGCGGUUUCCAGGGCAGUGACAUCUCCUUCACUACCUGGUGAACAGUGAACACUUUCUUCUUCCUCUGUUUAGUUGAUCUUAGCAAUACCAAUAUGGAAAAGAUUCAUUCUUUGACAGAAUUUUCAAUUUUGUUUUGUUAUUGGUACACUCCAUUGAUUGCUGCGUUGAAAAAGUGGUUUCAUCGAAAUAAAGUAACUCAAUUUCU